GCCCCCUUCUGUGAUUGGCCCGUGAAGAUGGUGGAAGUUAGCAGGGAGAAAAAGCUUUCCCCAUCUGCAUUUUCAGCGCCAUCAUUUUCCUUGUUUGUCUUUUUCUACCUUCUAUACAGACUGUGACAACAUGGCUUCAGGACACGAUAGUGCAGUACUCCAAGCUAUUUUCAACCCCAGCAAUCCCUUUGGGGACAUCGGCCUGAACCAAGAGGAGGCAUUAACUGAUGAUGACAGCGGCUUUGACACAGAGUUGUUGAAGCAGGUGAAGGAGUUGGAAAUGCGUGGCGUCUCAGCGGCAGAGGCAGGAGAUUUGGAAGGCGCACUUCAACUGUUCAGCCAGGCAAUCCAGCUGCUGCCCGGGAGAGCAUCAGCCUACAACAACCGCGCUCAGGCCCUGCGGCUACAGGGGAACACAGCAGGUGCGUUCCAGGAUUUGGACCGGGCUGUGGAGCUGAGUGGGUCGGCGGGUCGUACCGGAUGCCAGGCACUAGUGCAGAGAGGCCUUCUGCGGAGACUCAUGUGUCAAAACGACGAGGCCAGAGAGGACUUUGCAAAAGCAGCGGCGCUCGGGAGUGAAUUUGCCCGACAACAGGCGGUUCAACUCAACCCAUAUGCCGCGCUCUGCAACCAGAUGUUGUCGGAGGUCAUCAACAAGCUCCGCAAUCCUGACCUGUCUCAAGUGCUUUAGCAUCUUACAAAUGUCAUUAAAUAAAAUGUUGCUUUUCUA